AUCAACAUGCCACACAAACAUAAGAGGAAGGGCGACGCCAAUGAUUCGCUCUUCAACCUCGCACCCUCCGAUCGAGCAGCACCUCUCCCCGUCGGCAAAACCAGAGCACCAAAUUCGGCACCGAAGAAAAAGAAGCGCAAAAUAGCUGACGGCUACGGUGAAGAUGACACGCCAAAAGCUUUUGCCCGGCUCAUGCAAUUCAAAGCAUCUAGUAAAGGUCCAAAAGGGCUCGACAAUGGUCCCCAACCGAAGCAAAAGAAGCCCAAGGUCAAUGAGGUAUUGCCGGAAGAUACGGUGGAUAGUGAAGCACAGGCAAUACCUAAGAUCAUGCCCGGAGAGAAGCUAUCAGAAUUUUCGCAGAGAGUGAACCAGGCCUUACCUUUGGCCAGCGUUCAAAAGAAGGGUAAAAAGGUUGAGGGCAUGCGAGAUCAUAGGAUGACGAGACACGAGAAGAAGCUGCGUAAACUACAAGAAGGUUGGCGUGCAGAGGAAGCGCGUAUACGAGACAAGGAACAAGAAGAGCUUGAGUUAGCAGCAGAGGAGCAAGAUGAGCUUGACGCAAUGUGGGAAGACAAGACUGCUGAUCUGCCCAUCCCGAGUAAAAAGAAGAAGAAAAAGAAAGGGAAACGGAAAUUGAUUGUCGGCGAAGUGGAUGAUAGGGAAGAAGAUCCUUGGGAGGCGCUGAAGAAGCAGAGGCAGGAGAGGAAGGGUCUGCACGAUGUCGUCCAGGCACCACCGCAGUUCGAAAGGAUACCAAGGGAGAUCUUUAAGGUAAAGAACGGCGCUAGGGUGAAUGUAGACAACAUACCCAACUCAGUCGGGAGUUUGAAGAAGAGGGAGGAGCUGGGCGAGGCACGACAGGGCAUUAUCAACACCUAUCGCAAGCUUAUGGAGGCAAGGCGGAAUAAUUAA